AUUGGAUCUCCAUAGCAACCUUGAUGGGCACCAUGUGUGUGAUAAGAACAAAACGUAGUGUCGUUAAGCCAGCUGAAGAGACACCAUUGACCACACUAGACCUAUCAUUAAUCGAUAAGAUACCUGUUCUAAGGUGCGAUGCCAGAACGUUGCAUGUGUUCAGGCAUGGCCCUGAAGCUGCAAGUGUCAUAAGAGAAGCCUUGUCUAGAGCAUUGGUUCCUUACUACCCUCUUGCUGGGCGCCUCAUUCACAAAUCGGAACAAAAUGAUGAAGCAGGGUGCCUCCAAGUUCAAUGCUCCGGGGACGGUGCCUGGUUUGUUGAGGCUUCUACUGAUUGCACUCUUCAAUCUCUUCAUUUCUUUGAUGACAUUCAGUCUAUUCCAUAUGAUCAUCUUCUUCCUGAUGAUGUUCCUCAAACCGAAGGCAUUGACCCCCUUGUCAAAAUGCAGGUGACACAAUUUGGAUGUGGAGGAUUUGUGAUAGGCCUCGUAUUCUGCCACACCAUAUGCGAUGGCCUUGGUGCUGCCCAAUUUCUCAACGCCGUAGGGGAGCUAGCUAGAGGUCUUCACAACCCCACCAUUGAACCGCUCUGGCACAGACACUUCGCUCCCUCACCACCACCAUCACCGUCGCCACCUCCACUCCCUAAACUACCACCAACCAUGCCAAACUACAAGCUAGAACACGCUACCGUAGACAUCCCCAUGCAUCGAAUCAACAACCUCAAGCAAGAAUUUCAGCGGCUCACCGGACUCGCUUGCUCUUCCUUCGAAGUCGUAGCCGCGGGAUUAUGGACAAGCAGAGCAAGAGCCAUUGAUUUCGAACCCAACGCCGAGCUGAAGCUUGUGUUCUUCGCUAACUGCCGUCAAAUCUUGGACCCUCCUCUCCCCGCUGGCUUCUACGGCAACUGUUUCUUCCCAGUGACGAUCACCGCUUCCUACGAGUCGCUCAGAGACGCAUCGCUCUUCGAUGUGGUGAAAAUGAUACAAGAUGCAAAGACCAAAUUACCCUCCGAGUUUGGCAAGUAUUUGAAGGGUGACUGUGGGGAUGACCCUUUUGCCCCUCCUUUGAGCUACAGGACGCUCUUCAUAUCGGAGUGGGGGAGGCUGGGAUUCAACCAAGUUGACUACGGGUGGGGUCCAGCGGUACACGUGGUGCCCAUACAAGGGUCAAGCAUAAUCCCCGUAGGAAUUGUGGGGUACAUGCCUCUCACCCUCCUCCCAAACAAAGGAAUUCGUUUGAUGACAUGGUGCGUUGAACAAGAUCAUCGCCAUCCCUUCCUCCAUCAAAUGCAUACUCUCAUGGAUAUAUGAUAUUAUUAUUAUCAUAAGCUCUUUUUUAAUAUCUCUCAAUCAAUAAUGCAUAUGUUAAGAUCUUUGCCUAUUUAGUGUU